AUGGCAGCAGAAUUGGACAGUGGGGAAGAACAUGGGCAAGUCCGGGAGGCUGGGGAGGACUUGCACUUGGGUCCUGCGUCCUAUACAGAGAUGAGUGGUCUCUUCCACAGAACAGCUCUAAGCCAAGCUGGAGCAUUGCGCAAGUACAAAUACUCAGUGCCUGACCUUGCUUCUUUCCAAGAAUCAAACAUGAACAAGCUCGUGGUUAGACGGCAACAUGAUCAGUCUUUCACUCGAUAUCUUGCAAAUUACAACAGCUUAACAGACAAGCAUCUUGCAGGCUAUUUCAGCAACACCAGGAUAAGACGCCAUCUGCGAAGGUCAGGACUGAUCUCAAGAACUGGAAAGAUAAUAUCAGACAAGGAAUACCGGUUAAAUGCCAUGAAGAAGGAUCAUCAGAAGUAUAUACGGGAAUGCUUGGCUCAGGCUAUUUUCCACAAAGCUCUUGAUAUGGAACGACAUCACCAGGGUGACGUAAAAAGGAAAGUUGAGAGUUCGGCAAGGCGAGAGCGGAUCCAGAAAACCAAGGUGGAACGAGCGAGAAAGGCAGCAGAUGGUUCCCAUCACUUGCUUUCCCCACAUCCACCCACUGUCCCAAGAAAUCGCUUUGGGCGGCGCAAAUUGGGUGAGAGAGGACCAUCAAGUCACACGAUUUCUUAUCCUCGACCAAGCACUGCUCCAGGAAACAUACAACAGCCACUCCGACUUCAGCCCCUCUAUGGAAAUGUCGUGACUGAAGGUUCAUCAAAGACUGGUUUGAGCUCCAGACCAAAGUUUCUCACCGUUGACAAAGAAUAUCAUUUUACUUGUGAGGGGGACAAAGGGAUGUUAAGGCCUGUGCAUUCAAUGGAUUAUUCAGUUGAAGUAUCCCCAUACAGACUUCCCAUUAUUAACAAUUAUAUGAUACCUAUUCCACAACCACCCAGAAGUGACAAAACUAUCAUCCCCAUGAAACCUGGGGGAAGAGGUCGACGGUUUCGCCCUACAACUUCAUCUAAUGGCCUGGAACAGUUGCUAAUGAAGGACUCUGGAAAAUUCUACAAGCCUCAAGUACAAAGCAAUGCAUAUGUUACCAUGGUCUAUUUGGGAAAAACCGUGCACCUUUCAUAUGAUCUUUUAGAUUAUCGAGAGGAAAUAAAAAUUUACCAACAGCAUUGUGGAGGAGAAAACUUAUGUGUGUAUAGAGGCAAACUGCUGGAGGGAGAAACAUUUCAGUUCGUCUCCAGGAGGCAUUACGGCUUCCCCUUCAGUCUCACCUUUUAUCUGAAUGGAAUUCAGGUUGCCCGAUUAAGUUCUUGCUGUGAAUAUAAGCAUCGGAAAGGUACUCGGCUAGGAGGCAAGCGUGGAUACUUUGGUUUCGUCAACGUGGAAAGAUCAUCUCCUUGCUAUAGAUGUAUCAUUACAAUGGGCCUGGACAGAAAGCCUACACCUCCAAAAAAGAAGACUCUUGAAGAAAGCGCAAAGCUGGAAGAUUGGAAGAAAGAGGAAGUGACACAAAAGCUGAAAGAGGAAAAAAAAGUAUUACCGGCCCACUUUCCUUCGGCUUCUGCAUUAAAGAAACGAGCUGCAGAACAUGCUGAAGAAAAGAAAUUGGACACCAAAAAAGGAGAAAAAGAUAAAGAUGAAUUUGAGGAUACCCAGAAAACUGCUACUUAUGAAGCAUAUGAGGAAGAUUUUGAAGCUGAGGAAGAGAAACCAGUUGAGAAAGUUGAGAUAAAAGCACGUGCUGAUGAUCAAAUGAGUGAAAAAGGGAAACCAGUCUCCGAAGGAGAAACAGACCAUUCUGACCGUGAAAGGAAGAAAAAAGUCUCAUCACUGAAAUCUUCACGGACUUCUGAAAGUGAGCGAGAUGAAAGUGAGGGAUAUACGGAAAGCUACACAGAGGAAGAGGAGAGAAAACGUGGUAGAAAAAAAGUGCUUUCCAUCUCUGGCAGCAGCACCUUAUACAGCAGCGGAACCGAAUCUGAGUUUGAAGGCAGGAAGCGGGAUGAGGAGGAAGACAUUACAGACAUUCAUUCAGAAUAUGAAACAGAAACCACCAAAUCUCAACGGGAAGGAAGUCAGGGAACUGAUGUGGAAGAAGAGGAAAACUUGGGGGAAACAGAAACAGAAAGCUUGAGCACCAAGAAUGUGCCAGAUAUCUUCUAUGAAGAAAAAGUGGAGAUGACCCUGCAGGACAUUAGUCCGGGCCAUGAAAAGCCCAAGCUUAUAGGGCUGGUAGACAUGGGGGAGGAGGAAGAUAAGUUAGUGCAUUUGAAAAGCAGUGCUCUAGAAGGAUAUCCGAGCAGGAAGAUUUCUGAAGAUAAGGAAGGUGAUCGCAAAUCGGUCAGAGAGAAAAUAGCUGAGGCUAUUGAAAAAGAUCAGCUUUUGAGUUCUGAACCUGAACCUAGUGAUUACAGUACAGAGGAUGAGGAAGAACAAAUAGCUCAAGGUAAAUUUGAAGCGCCAGAUGGAGUUUCCUUGGCAAAACGCUCAAGAAGAAGUGAAUCGCAAAAGGCUGCAGAGCAAUUGAUAAGGGAGCGAGAGAUGACGCGCAAGGAAGGAAUACUUGAGAAAGAGGAGCUUGGUAAAGAUCCCAAAGAAGCAGCUCUAACAGAAGAGCUGCUAGCCCACCAAAGACCAAGUCUUAGAGGAGACCAGGCACUAAAACCUGAACUUGUGACAAGAAAAAGAGAAUGGGAAAGAGAAUCCAUAGAAUCAGAACUGGCCAGUUUAGAAAAAGAAAUAACCCCCAAGGAUGGAAAAAUUGAGAGCAUGGCAAAAGCAGAAGAAAUGGCAAGAGACAGAGAAAGAUUUCUAGGGGGAUCCAGAUCAGAAGAGGAGGAAGCUGAAGGCGCUCAAGUUAGUGAGGAGUUAAGAGCAGCAAAGAGAGAACAGGUGCGACGGCAAAUCGCUGAGGGAAAAGAAGACGUAGAAGUGACUGAGGCACCAAAAGCUUUAAAGACAAGAGAAUUAGAAGGAAUUAAGGCAGUGGACAGAGACAUGCUUGAAGCAAAAGAAAAGAUGAAAGGAGAAUAUAAGACAGCUAAAGAUUGGGAGGCAACAUUUGCAGAAAAGAUCCGUAUGGGAGAGGUACCAGAAAAGGUGGAAGAAGCUGAACCCAAAGAGAAGGUCACUUUUCAAGAAAAAAACCAUAAAGCAGAGGCCGAAAGAAAAGCUGGCAUAAUGGAAAAGGAAAGAAAGGAUGAGGCAUUUUUGAGGGAAGAUGAAGAGGGAAAAUAUGAAUUGAGGCCUAUUUCCCCUAUGGAAGCAGGACUUAGACCACCACAAUUAAAAAUGAAGGAUGAAGAUGAAACAGCAGCUGCUGCAGAAAAGGCAAACACUGGUGGAAGAGAGGUUCCAUCUGAGAUGGCAGAAACAGUCCAAGACAUUUCAUCCAGAUGGGAUGAAGAUUUAUACCAAGAAUAUCCAGAUGUUACUGGGAUGAAAGCCAUAUCUACAGAAGAUUUAACCUUCAAGAAAAUAAAGCCUUUGGUGGGUGAGGCCUUCCUCGACCAUGAAAUUGAAAUAACUGAGGAGGACAAGUUAGCAGGCAAACCAUAUUCUGAAAGAGAGAAAGACAGACAAGAAAGAGCAAAAGAUAUUUUAGCAUUUGAACAAACAGCCCAAGGAGAAAAGGCUAUAGUACAACCUGUAGAAAGAGGAGUUGAAGAAAGAGGAAAAGAAGAGAGGCUAAAGUCCAAAAUGGCAGCUCCAGAAGAGAAACUGGACUUGGAGAAAGAAGGGCUUUAUAUUGAACCUGACUUAGAAUCUAUGGCAGGAUUGAUGGAAGAAUUAGCGGAGAAGGAAAAGGCAAAAGGAAAGAUGUGGGUUGAAGAGGCAGAAGGAGAAAUAAAAGGAUUGUCUCCAAGACAGAAAAUGAUUGAGGAAGAACAGAAAGCACUGAGAAGAAAGGCAGAAAUUGAAGAGGGAGGCACUGAGAUGGCACUUAAAGGAGAGGCAGAAAUAGUUGAGACAGAAGUUAAAACUAAAGGGAAAGUAGAAAAAGGAGAGGUAGGAAAGAAAAUGGAAUAUCCAUGGGAAUCAGAAGGAGACAUGGCACUUAAAAGGGAGACAGCAACUGGAGAGGCUAAAGUUGAUGUGGGACGUGAGGGGCAGUUAGAAGUCACAGAGGCAGAAGCUGACAUGACACUUAAAGGGGAGGCAGAAAGAAGACACACUAAAGCUACAUUGCUACCCAAAGACAGGUUAGAUGCUGAAGAAGCAAAAGCUGACAUAACACUUAAAGAGGAGGAAGAAACUGGACGUGUCAAAGCUAAAGUGGGACCUAAAGGGGAAUUAUAUCCUGAAGAAGCAGAAGCUGAGAUGAUACUUGAAAGAGAGGCAGAAACUGGACGUGUCAAAGUUAAGGUGGGACAUAAAGGAGGGUUAUAUCCUGAAGAAGCAGAAGCUGAGAUGGCACGUAAAGAAGAAGCAGAGCCUGGACGUGUCAAAGCUAAGGUGGGACCUAAAGGAGGGUUAUAUGCUGAAGAAGAAGCUGAGAUGGCAUUUGAAAGAGAAGCAGAACCUGGACGUGUCAAAGCUAAGGUGGAACCUAAAGGGGAGUUAUAUGCUGAAGAAGAAGAAGACGCUGAGAUGGCACUUGAAAGAGAAGCAGAACCUGGACGUGUCAAAGCUAGGGUGGAACCUAAAGGGGAGUUAUAUGCUGAAGAAGAAGAAGCUGAGAUGGCACUUGAAAGAGAAGCAGAACCUGGACGUGUCAAAGCUAAGGUAGAACCUAAAGGGGAGUUAUAUCCUGAAGAAGACGAAGAAGCUGAGAUGGCACUUGAAAGAGAAGCAGAGCCUGGACUUAUCAAAGCUAAAGUGAGACCUAAAGGGGAGUUAUAUGCUGUAGAAGAAGAAGCUGAGAUGAUACUUGAAAGAGAGGUGGGACUUAAAGGGGACUUAUAUCCUGAAGAAGCAGAAGCUGAGAUGAUACUUGAAAGAGAGGCAGAAACUGAACGCGUCAAAGUUAAGUUGGUACCUAAAGGAGGGUUAUAUCCUGAAGAAGCAGAAGCUGAGAUGGCACGUAAAGGAGAAGCAGAGCCUGGACGUGUCAAAGCUAAGGUGGGACCUAAAGGAGGGUUAUAUCCUGAAGAAGCAGAAGCUGAGAUGGCACGUAAAGGAGAAGCAGAGCCUGGGCAUGUCAAAGAUAAGAUGGGACCUAAAGGAGGGUUAUAUCCUGAAGAAGCAGAAGCUGAGAUGGCACUUGAAAGAGGAGCAGAGCCUGGACGUGUCAAAGUUAAGGUGGGACCAGAAGGGGAGUUAUAUGCUGAAGAAGCAGAACCUGAGAUGGCACUUGAAAGAGAGGCAGAAACUGGACAAGCAGAAGCUGAGAUGGCACUUGAAAGAGAAGCAGAGCCUGGACGUGUAAAAGUUAAGGUGGGACUAGAAGGGGAGUUAUAUGCUGAAGAAGCAGAACCUGAGAUGGCACUUGAAAGAGAGGCAGAAACUGGACGUGUGAAAGCUAAGGUGGUACCUGAAGGGGAGUUAUAUGCUGUACAAGCAGAAGCUGAGGUGACGUUUAAAAGUGAAGCAGAAACUGGACGUGUCAAAGCUAAGGUGAUACCUAAAGGAGACUUAUAUGCUGAAGAAGCAGAAGCUGAGGUGACACUUGAAAGAGAGGCCGAAACUGGACUGAUUAAAGCUAAGAUGGUACCUAGAGGGAAGUUACAUGCUGAAGAAGCAGAAGCUGAGGUGACAAUUUCAUGGAAAGCAGAGACUGGACAGAUUAAAGCUAAGGUGGGACCUAAAGGAGAGUUAGAUGCUGAAGCAGCUGAAGCUGAGUUGACAGUUGCAUGGAAAGCAGAAACUAGACAGGUCAAAGCUAAAAUGGCACCUAAAGAGGAGUUAUAUGCUGAAGAAGCAGAAGCUGAAAUGAUACUUAAAAAAGAGGCAGAAACUGGACAACCAGACAAGAUAGUAACUGAAGGGUGGUUAGAUGUUGCAGAAGCAGAAGCUGAGUUGACAGUUAAGGGAAAAGCAAAAACUAUAGAGGCAGAAUCUCAUAAGAUAGCUGAAAGGGAAUUAGAAGUCAAAAUGGCAGAAUCUGAGGGGAUACUUAAAAAGGGGACAGAAGGCAAGGUCGCCUUGAAAUGGAAGCCAGAUACUGGAGAGGCUGAGGUGAUAUCUAAAGGGGAAUUAGAAUUUGAAGAAGCAGAAGCUGAGUUGCCAUUUAAAGAAAAAGCAAUAGAGAAAACACUUAAACCAAAGGCAGUAAUUAUAGAGGAAGAGGCUGAUGUGAUACCUAAAGAGGAAUUAGACGUCAAAGAGGCAGAAACUGAGGGGACGCUUAAAAGGGAGGCAGAAACUGGAUUGGCCAAAGGUAAGGUGGUGCCUAAAGAGAAGUUAGGUGCUGAAGAAGCAGAAGCGGAGAUGAUACUUAAGAGGAAAGGAGAAAGUAUGGAAGCAGAGUCUGAAAUAAUAGCUGGAAAGGACUUAGAAGCAGAAGAGGCAGAAGCUGAGGGGACACUUAAAAAGAAGGCAGAAGGCAAGGUAGCCUUGGAACAGAAGGCAAAAGCUGUAAAGCCAGAGACUGAGGAAGCGUUUGAAGAGGAGGCAGAAGUUAAAGUUGUACCAAAACGCCAGGAAACAGAAGAUUCAGAAGCAAAGGGAGAAGUGCUUUCUGUGGUUAUAGGAGCUCUGAAUGAAACCACCUUUGGAGAUCAAGGGUUAGUCACCAGGAGAGAAGAAAUUAUAGCAGAAAUAAAACAUACUUCUGAAUCAGCCCCACAAAAAGAAACAUUUAUUGGAGGAGAUAUGAAAAAGCAGGAGAUGAAAAAAGAACCUGGUCUCCAAACUGGAGUAUCUGACAAAGCUGAAACAAGGGAAACAUUUCUUUACAUGGAAGUACAGGAGGAAGUCAUAGCUCCUGAAGAAGAGAAGGAACAGGAUGAAUCAGACACAGGAGAAGAGAUGAGAGAAGGGAUGAUAACACUUGCAGAUGUAGAAGAAGCUCUCUUAAUAGGGAUACAGCAGCUGAUAACAGAAGUAUCACAGAUCAAUGAAAAAGAUAAAGAUAAAGAAGAACCUCUGAUGGAAAGAUCAGCAGAAGAGGAAUCACCUCAGGAGUGUGCUACAAGUGAAGAUUUUUUUGCUAUUGUAGUAAAUGAAGAAAGGGAGACCAUUGAGAGCAGUAACAGUGAGGGAGAAGGAAUUGGGGAGCAUUCAGAAGAAGAAACAGGAGAGCCUUCAGAAGAAGGAACAGGGGAGCCUUCAGAAGAAGGAACAAGGGAGCCUUCGGAAGAAGAAACAAGGGAGACUUCGGAAGAAGGAACAGGGGAGCCUUCAGAAGAAACCCCUUCAGAUGAAAAAGAUGGAAAUAUAAACUGUGAAAUGGGAUUGGAGGAGACUACAGAUGAAACAAUCACAAUGACAAAUACCAUUCUUUGGAGCUCCCAGGAGUAUGAAAGAGAGUGUCACCAAGAUCCUACUGGAUCUGAUUGAGAAGGCAGACACCUAGACUGAAGAAUGCUUUGCGGUUGGAACUUCCCAUCUCAUCAUUGCUGCCUCAAGACUUGGUGGAAACACAGACUUAUUCAAGCAUCUUCUUAUAUUCUUUUGAUGCUUGUCAUCCAUCUUUCCAUUGUUGUUCUGAUUACCAUGAUCAUUUAAUAACUUUUUUCAAGGAAAUCAUUCUAGAUCGGUGCCACCUGGGGUAACUGCCCUCUUUGAUUUCUUCACACACAUCUGCCACUAUGCACCAGGACUGCUCCAGACAAAUGAAAUCUUAUCUAGCCUAUUUCAUUAAUAGCAUUCCUUUAUAAUUCUGAAAACAAUAAUGAUGAGGCCUGUAUAACAGCUGCCGCACAUUUCUUUUAAAAACAAAACAGAAAUAUUAUGUAAUGGGAACUUUCCCAAAAUCAACCAGCUAAUUCUGCUGCACAGUAAGGGUCACUUGAAGUCUUUAUGUAGAACAAUA